AUCCAUUGUAUGGCACCAAGCUGAAGAUGCAAUGGAAAAGCACCAGCUUCAGUGCUCUGCCCAGGAGGAAUAUGCAGGCAGCUGGUUCUCCUUAUACAUGGGAGGCAGCCAGAAGCCAGUAGCUCAAAAGAAAGCUUUGCCAACAGAAUCUAGUGCCACCUUUGAAGUCCAUGAAGUUGGCCCAGAUGAGCAAUUCCAUUGUAGCUAUGAAAUCUGGGAGGCUGGGAAGGCAAUCCGCUCUCCACUCAGCCAGCCUGCAAACACCACAGAAAUGCAUUACCUGAAGCCGUCAAUUGUUGCAAGUCCCAGCACAGAAAUCUCAGUGGGACAGGACUGGAUACUCCAUUGUUGGGCUCCCUUUUCAGGUGUCAGCUUUGUCUUCUACCAGGCCAGGGACUUCCGAUAUGAGGUCACUCCUCAAGGGAACUCCAACAUGGCUGAAUUCUCCCUGAAGAAUGUCUCAAAGACUGAUGAAGGACGGUAUACAUGCUACUACCACAGCCUCACUGACCCUGUCAUCUGGUCCAAUGCCAGCAACCCUGUGGCGCUGAAAGUCCUGGAUGGGUCUGAUGUUAGCAGAUAUCAAGAGGUGUUGGUUGACUCUGAAGGGAAGCAUCGAGUGAAUUGUUCAAUGCCUCCCACAGCUGAGGGAUGGUUCCAUCUCUAUGUUGAUGGGGAGUUCUUUGCUGAAACCAGAGCAUGGCAAAAUGGGACAAGCGCCAGCUUUGGGCUCACAGAAGAUGCCCUCAGAAACCUCAAGGGAAAACUGAGCUGCCAGUUUGGGGAAAACCAGCUCAACGACACCAUAAGGCAGACACAAGAGUCACUUCUGCCGAGCACUGAUUUCACGGCAGCCCAUUCCAUUCGGCUUGGUCUCGGGUUCACAAUCCUUCUUGCAGCUCUGGCUUUUGUGGCUAAUGCAUUUUGGACUGAGAGGCACCCGGAAAACUGAGCCAGGCAAAAGCUUCUGAAUCAGCAAGAUAUGUGGAGUCACAGAAAAGCAUGGCUUGAAAUGGUCUUUUCUGGCAGUUGCAUCUAGUGAGAAGAGGGGUCAAGUCACUGAAAGUUUCCUGUGCAGAUUGAAGCUUUCAUUAUGCAAAACUGUUUAUCAAAAAGUCUUAUUGAACUGGAGAAGUGAUUGCAAGUCUUUUUCUUUAGCACCUUCAUAACUUGGAACAGCCUCUGAAUGAAUGGCCUUAACUCGAGGACUAUCUGUAUCAUAAAAACAAUGUCAUCUGUAUGUCAUUUCAACAAAUUACCUUUGGUAAUGUCAUCCAUUUUCAUCUUAAAAGGAAUACUUUGGGAGUUUUGAAUGUAUUUUAGCACAUGUGGCAACCUUUAAGUCAAUUUAAAUUUAACUGUCCUGCUGUGAUGGGUAAUGGAUUCAUGCAUCAUUACCCGAAGAAAAACUUCUUUUACCCAAUUUGGGAUAAUUUGCCCAGAUUUA